AUGGAUCCCCAAGGAGCCAACCCAGAGCUCGAAUCAUUCCGUGAGCAGUGGCGAGCCGAGGUCCGUGCUAGAAACGCAGCGCCCUCCGGAUCGCAGCAGCAAGCCUCUUCAAGUAGCAGUCAUGCCAAUGGCUCGCAAACCACCGCCUCGCUGCCGCCACGGCCCGCCCACUUGGGUGCCGGCAGGGCCAAAGUCCUCGAGACCGACGACGACUAUGUACAGGCGAUAGCAUUCGACGAAGCAGACCCGCAGUCAGCCGCGCGACAACCUGAGCGAGAAUCUACGGAUCCGGUCACCGCACUUGACCAUUAUGAGCAUGCCGUUGAAAAGGAAGGCCAGGGGUCUCUGGGGGACAGCUUGCGCUUAUACCGAAAGGCUUUCAGGAUGGACCACAAGGUCGAACAGAAAUACAAGAACAAGCACCACGCAGCUGCUUGGGCCAAACCAGCCCAGACGAGUAAACAAGAUACUACCACGAAACCACGAGAUACGGCACAAAGUCCAACGGAGAAAAAGUCCUCUCAGGAGGAAAAGCCCCCUUCAGAGGUUAAACCUUUAACAGCAGAGGAGCUUGUCGCAAGUUUUGCCGGGCUUUCGAUCGAGCCCGCCGCGCCAUAUAUCAAGGGCAUGCCGCAGCCUCCCUGCCCGAUUGCCGAAUUGCCAGAGGAGAUCCUUGUGCACAUUCUGCAGGACGUGGCGAUGGCAGAUGUUAGUGAUUUUGUACGGUUGUCCCGUGUUUGCAAACGCUUUGCCUGGCUGGUCGCGACGGAAGACAGCAUAUGGAGGCAGAUAUGUCUAGGCUCCAAGUUCGGCUUCGCAGGGAUGCAUUGCGAGUUCCGGACAAGUGUGGACUGGAAAGCUCUUGCAGAGGAGCACACGCUUCAGGAGGACCAAGAAGAGGUAGCCCGCCUUCGCCAAGAGGAGGCCCACGCCACCACUAUUGCACUCCUCAAUAUGACAUAUCACUCGUGGCAGCGCAUGUUCCGUCGACGACCGCGAAUACGCUUCAACGGAUGCUAUAUAUCGACGAUAAACUACAUCCGGGCCGGCCAGCAGACCAAUUCCCUAGCAUGGAAUUCUCCCGUGCACAUCGUCACGUAUUAUCGAUACCUGCGACUUUUCCGAGACGGCACGGCCAUCACACUGUGCACGGUUGAGGAGCCGUCGCAUGUGGUCCACCACCUGACGAAGGACGCUCUCGCGCUGCACAAGGGCGGCGCAAUGGCCCACAUGCCGAGCAGCACAAUGCAGCAUGCGCUGAGGGCCCGGUGGAGGCUGAGCUCGGCAGCAGACUUCACUGACGAGGACCAGGAGGUGAGCCUAGCAGACUCGGAGGGCAACAUGUUCAUCGAGUCCGACGGCGGGGGCAACUACCUGUACCGAAUGGAACUGUCGCUACGGACGGCGGGCAAGUCAGCGAGCAACAACAAGCUUGUAUGGCGCGGGUUCUAUAGCUACAACAAGAGCGCGGACGAGUGGGACGAGUUCACACUCAAGGACAUCAAGCCCUUCUUCUUCAGCAGGGUGAAGAGCUACGGGUUCGCAGAGCUUUAG